CAUUCCACAAUCCUAGCUUCUGCAAGAAGAGACCUCUCUCUCUCUCUCUCUCUCUCUCUAUAGCGUUGAUGUUGCUGUAUUCCACUGUAAAUGUCAAUUUGUAACUAAACCGAAAACGAGACCAUAUUUGGAACUAGGGUUUGUGUGAAAGAUGUAUCUCUCGGAGAAGCCUCGUCCAAUUGAUUUCUACAAAGGAGGAGGAGAGAGAGAUAUGGUGAUCCAAGUCUCCUCCAAUGGCGAGCUGCCACCUCAUCACCACCAUCUCCAACAACAACAACAGCAGCAGCAGCAGCAGAUGAUUCUGGGCGACAGCAGUGGUGGCGAAGACCACGAAGUGAAAGCACCGAAGAAGAGAGCGGAGACAUGGGUUCAGGAAGAGACUCGGAGUCUGAUCAGCUUUCGCAGAGAAGUGGAUGGGCUUUUCAACACUUCGAAAUCGAACAAGCAUUUGUGGGAUCAGAUCUCUGCGAAGAUGAGGGAAAAAGGGUUUGAUCGAUCGGCGACUAUGUGUACUGAUAAGUGGAGGAACUUGUUGAAGGAAUUCAAGAAGGCAAAGCACCAAGAUAGGAGCAGUGCUUCCGCUAAAAUGUCGUAUUACAAGGAGCUUGAGGAGUUGCUUCGAGAUAGGAGCAAGAAUGGCCCCUACAAGAGCCCCAGCUCUUCGAAAGUCGAUUUGUAUAUUCAAUUUUCAGAUAAAGGCCUGGAGGAUGGCAAUAUCCCAUUUGGACCAGUAGAAGCUGGUGGCCAGUCAACGGUCAACCUCGAAAGACCUUUGGAUCAUGAUGGUGACCCUCUUGCCAUUACUGCUGCUGAUGCAGUUGCAGCCAGUGGAGUGCCCCCUUGGAACUGGAGAGAAACCCCUGUAAAUGGUGGUGAGGGCCACUCUGCCUAUGGUGGGAGGGUCAUAACAGUCAAGUGGGGUGAGCACAUUAGAAGGAUUGGUAUUGAUGGAACUGCAGAUGCAAUCAAGGAGGCAAUCAGGUCUGCUUUUCGCUUACGAACUAAACGGGCAUUUUGCUUGGAAGAUGAGGAUAAUGUAAUUCGGAGUCUUGACAGGAACAUGCCUUUGGGAAAUUACACUCUUCACCUUGAUGAAGGAAUCUCAAUAAAAGUAUGCCUCUAUGAUGAUUCUGACCGAAUGGCUGUUCGAACUGAAGACAAAACACUGUAUACUGAAGAUGAAUUUCGGGAUUUUCUCUCACGUAAUGGCUUUACAGGUUUGAGGGAGAUAAAUGGCUAUAGAACCUUUGAUAAUUUGGAUGAUCUCCGGCCUGGUGGAAUGUACCAGGGGGUGUGUAUGAUCUCUGUAGCAGCUAGAAAAGUCUGGGAAAUUGGAAGAGUAAUUCCUUUGCGUACAAUGAGUUGUGUGGAUAAGAAAGUGGCAGUUUCUAACCUUCAAGAACUGAUUAUACGUUCUUUGUGUUCAAGAACAGUUUUUUUGGCUUUAUGUUCUCUGUUUGUUUGACGAUGAUUGUAGCUUUUUGGGCAGUAGCUGCACUUAUGCUAAUAUUACAUUAGAGAAUAUAGAAAUAGAGAGAAAAUAGAUAUGCAGAUUUGGAUCAACAGAGGGAGGAGAAGCAACAAGGGCAGUGGUGGCAGAACAGUGAUGCUUGCAAUGCAUGGAAGCAGAGUGCUUGAACAGUGAAUGGUUAACAACAACUCAGAUCUGGAUCACUGAGGUUUGAAUGAUUGAAAUAGAUGUCGGUGGAUGGCGGUUGAGGAAGUGCCAGCGAAGGUGGUGACAAGAGGCAGCAACUGAGAAGAGAACAGAGAAUGAGAGACCGUACAGAGAGUUGUGGAGAGGAGAAAAUAUUAUAGGGCUUUUAAAGGUUUUGAGAUUGACCAUUUACAACAAAUUUUGUUUUUUUUAAAUAUUUUUAUUCUUCUAAAAUUAAAAAAAAAAU